CCUAUGUUAUUCUCAAAAAUUGUUGAAAAAUAAGUAUACUUUAAGUUUUUCAGAAAGGAGGAACUAUAAGUAGAUAUAAAUUAGUAUUUUAUCUGAAGUUUAAGAUAACGUUAAAUUUUAUAAAUACCUUUCUGUUUUAGUUGUUAGCAUUAAUAGAAGGGAGAGGGUUAAUUUGUUUUCCCUGAUUGUGUUCUAUUUGAAAGGGAGGAGCAGGACAGGAAAGUUCAAGCAGCAGUUUGAGAAUUGUCUAUGUGACACUUGGAAGAACCCAGUGUCCUCACACAGACUAUAGUCAUUUUUGCUGAGUUGGGUUAAUUGCAAGAAUGUCCCUUAGACAAAGCCCUUUUGCCAACAAAUACAGUUUGGUUAUAAGUCUCUUGUCUUGACUCCAGAAAAGUCUGGCAAGGUGCAAGGGAUAGGAAUUAAACAAAAUUGAGGGUGUGAAUUUAGAUUACAUUCUAAGUUUAGGAACUAGGGAGGUCUCAAAAGGUAGUUUUGAGGUUUCCAUACCUCUUAAUUGUUUAUAACCUUUUAAUGGGAUUAGAAAUGAUCUCUGAAAGGUUAAAACAUGUUGGAAAUGGCAGUCUGCCCUCAAAAACAGCCAGUAGACUAAUAGAAUAAAAUUUUGUAGCAUCGUUACUUGUCCAUUAUGCUUAAGGAAUGUUUAGGGCAAGUUAAAGUUUUCAGAUAAUUUUAGCUAUUUUUGAUGGUACUCUUUCUCAACAUGUAAUGAUGUACUUCCUCAGUUAACAGAGUUUAUUAAUCAUAAUUUAAUAUUUUUUGCUGAUUAGUUGUAGUUUAUGGGUUGUAAAAUUAAAAGGAUACUCAUCCCAGGAGAUAACCAGGAAAAUACAGUUCAGAAAUCAUAUACUUGUUUCUAAUAUAAGUUUAGGGAUACCUGUCUGUUGAACCUGUAGGACAGUAUGACAUUUCUGUCUUUCUGCAAAAUAAAUUAUUGAAUCAAAGAUUGAAGUAGUGUUGUCUUCAGUGUAUUUUCUUCAUAAAAAUCAUCCUUACUGUAAUCUCUGUUUCUUGACUUGUCAUCAGCAUUGAGAGCAUUUUCUUUUAAUUUUCUCUCAUUAACAUAAUGAACCAUAUUUAUUUCUUGGUCAGUUGUAAGCCAUUCUUCUAUUCUACUUGGAUUGUUCAUUUUAAGUGAAGGAGGCGUAGCCUUUAAUGUACAAGCUCACAUUUUUUGAAAAAAUAAUGGGGUAUAUCUUACUCCAGAGCUUGUAAAUUCUUUAAUGUUAUAAGAAAUUUUAGCAAACACAAUGUUAAACAGUAGUCAAACAUAACAUUAAAUAGAGUUUUAGUAAAUAUUUGAGUUUAUCAGAGGUCCAGGCAUAUCAAAACACUGAAAGCUAUGUUAACACCCAUAUAGUGAACCUGGUUAAAAAAACUUUAUUUUGCAUUUUGAACUCUGAGUAGUAUUUCUGUCUACAGAACAGCCCGGAAAACAAUAAUAGUAUCACCUCAUAUAACCUUGCAUUCUCUUCAGUUGUUUAGCUCUUCCCAAGGAAGCCUAUGCUUCUGAGACAUUCUUUCACUUUGGGUAAAAAAAUAAAACCAAAGAAAAAUCAUUUUGUCUGUCAUUGCAUAAGGUCUGUAAGCAGCAGGUAAAUGCUUUGAUUUGAUUAGGGCGAGCUGUCGCAUAGGGAUAAAUGGUAGUGAGCUGCCUGUUCAAGAUAGGUAGCAGGAACUCAAGGCAGGUAGGUAUCCUGGAUCAGGGUCAGAGCUGGUGAGUCAGAUAGUGUUCAGUACCAGUUGGUUCAUACAGAUAUUAGAGCUUCAAGUUGCUAGGGGUUCAGGCAAGCAGUGGGGUUGCAAAGAUAGGCAGACGGCUUGAAACUGAAGGUCAGUAAGUAUGGGUAAGACUAGAUAAAUGAGGCAGAUGCUCCUCAAGAAUGGAAUUCUAGAAAGAUGCUUGAAAUGGAUUGGAUCCUAAAAGCCCAGGGCUGUUAGUAUAAUCCUUGAGGAACCAUAAGCAUCCUACUACCCAGCUUAAUCAAUCUGCUAAGAAAUUGUAGACUAAGAAGAUGAAGAAAGUUGGGAACGUUUUGCUGGGGAAAGAGUGAGACAGAGAAAGGGUUUCUGACAGGAAGCUUGGGGAUUCAGCACCUGCAGAAAAGUCAUUCUGUCCCUUUUUGGUUUAAAUUCUCAUGUACCAGCAGCUGCUAGGGUAGAAAUUGGAAGGCAAGGCCAAAAUAGAUGAGCUAACCAAUUUUGUAAGAUUAUUGAGGAUAUAGAGAAAAGUAGUUUGUAACUCUGAAAUUGGCUACAGCUUCAUGUUGUUUUAACUGAAUAACUUAGGACUUUGAAAAGUCAAAGCCAUCUGAAAGUAACAGUGUAGCUCAUCAACUGAAUAAAUGCCAUAUUUUGCUAUUUAACAUGGACUAUAAAACAUUUUUCCUGAAAAAACACUCACUAGAUAUUGAUUCAUAUGUUCUAAUUUAGUUGUGAACCAUGUGCAAUGAUGUUUGACCUGUGUGAUUCAACCUGAAAAGAAUUUAACCAGCUGCUCUUGCUGAGUCUUUUGUCAUGUCUCCUGAAUGCAUGCCUUCACAGUUGUUGAUCACAUAGCAUGGUCAUCCACUCACAGCUUAAAAAAAUACAGGGAGCAUCGGAGAGAAUGGGAGAUACUACUCGUCAACGAAUCAAAUUCAGUGAUGACAGAGUAUGCAAGAGUCACCUUCUCAACUGUUGCCCUCAUGAUGUCCUCUCUGGAACUAGAAUGGACCUUGGAGAAUGUCUGAAAGUCCAUGACCUGGCUUUAAGAGCGGAUUAUGAAAUUGCAUCCAAAGAACAAGAUUUUUUCUUUGAACUUGAUGCUAUGGAUCAUCUGCAGUCAUUCAUUGCAGAUUGUGAUCGAAGAACAGAAGUGGCUAAGAAAAGAUUAGCAGAAACUCAAGAAGAGAUUAGUGCUGAAGUGGCAGCAAAGGCAGAACGUGUUCAUGAGUUAAAUGAAGAAAUUGGUAAAUUGUUGGCCAAGGUGGAACAACUAGGAGCUGAAGGGAAUGUGGAAGAAUCCCAGAAAGUAAUGGAUGAAGUAGAGAAAGCACGGGCAAAGAAGAGAGAAGCAGAGGAAGUUUAUCGGAAUUCUAUGCCAGCUUCAAGUUUCCAACAGCAGAAACUUCGAGUCUGUGAAGUCUGCUCUGCCUAUUUAGGUCUUCAUGAUAAUGACAGAAGAUUGGCCGAUCAUUUUGGGGGUAAAUUGCACCUGGGAUUUAUUGAAAUAAGAGAGAAGCUUGAAGAAUUAAAGAGAGUCGUCGCUGAGAAGCAGGAGAAAAGAAACCAGGAACGCCUAAAACGAAGAGAAGAAAGGGAGAGAGAAGAAAGAGAGAAGCUGAGGAGGUCUCGAUCACAUAGCAAGAAUCCAAAAAGAUCCAGGUCCAGAGAGCAUCGCAGACAUCGGUCUCGCUCCAUGUCACGGGAACGGAAGAGGAGAACUCGAUCCAAAUCCCGGGAGAAACGCCAUCGCCACAGAUCCCGUUCCAGCAGCUGCAGCCGCAGCCGCAGCCACCAGAGAAGCGGGCACAGUUCUAGAGACAGGAGCAGAGAGCGAUCCAGGAGGAGAUCCUCAAAAGAAAGAUUCAGAGACCAAGACUUAGCAUCACGUGACAGAGACAGGAGUUCAAGAGACAGAUCACCUCGUGACAGAGAUCGAAAAGAUAAGAAGCGGUCCUAUGAGAGCGCUAAUGGCAGAUCAGAAGACAGGAGGAGCUCUGAAGAGCGCGAAGCAGGGGAGAUAUAAUUAGCUAUGUACAUGUCCUCAAUCCUUAAGCUUCCUAUGGAGUUACGUACUAUUGUUUAGUUUACAGCUGUUCGGGGUGACACAGUGAGCAGUUCGAGACACCAGUCCAGCUAGGCUAGAUGUACAGUAUCUAACUUGAUCUGAACUGAACUUGUUUUCCUUGUGAAGCCUAUAACUACAUCCCUAGUUUCUGGUGAAGCUGUAAUACAAUUCUGAAAGUACAGUUUUAUAUAAGAUGCUGAUGUCUUUAUUCUUUCUAGUAGGAGUGAUAGUGAACGAAUUGUGUUACUUGCCUUGGGAUUUUUUGAACAUUUGUAAAAUUCUGUCUUCCUUUCUAGUUCAAACAGCAGCAGCUUUGGGGAAUUUUUUUUUUCUUUUAUUCUUCCUGCCUUUUGUAUCCCCUAAUUGUAAGAGAAAGGGGGUCAGGGAAGCAAUAUAACUUCUCUUCUAAGAUUCUAUUCCCAUUAUUAAUUACUAGCUGAUUACAGUUCAGAGCAUUAUAAUGGAAUGUGUGCUGGAGAAAUUUAAAAUACUGGGAGGUUUUUUUGUUUGUUUAAUGGUGCCUAUUUAGAGUUGGAACUUGAACAGCUGUUGCAUUACAUAGUUUGCUUUUUUAUUGAAAUUUUGAAAUCAAACAUGUCUUGAUUUUUCUGUUCUAUUAAAUUGCUACAUUCAGGAUGUUUUGAAGGGGGGUGGGGGCAGGGACUCUUUCAUAAGCACUUCUUAUUUUAUUUUGUGUGUGUGGAGUAUAAAGGCUACACUCUUAUUGUGAAAAAUAAUAAUAGUAAUAAAAUGAAAGAAACAAUCACCACCACCAUCAUUAAACUGUAACUUGUCUAGUAAAUUGUCACUAGAACUAUUUGC